AUGGCAUAUUGGUAAUUUGGCAUCUUAGUUAAUUAUUAUUCUAAUUUAAUUAAAUAAUAAACUGUCUAAAAUAAAAAUUUGCUUCAACUCUAGUCAAUACUCCCUGUAUAUAUAUAUUAAUAUAUUUUGUAACUACUUCAUAAAUAAUGGAUGUGUCAACAAACCCAACAACUUCUCAAGCAAAUGAAACUGAAAAUCAGUAUCCAGAAGUGAGAAUUCAUCAAAAUCCACAGACUCGUAAUGUGCAUGAUGGAAAUCAAACUGAACAUAGACCACCCCAUAAUUGGAGAACAAGUAUUAAAAAGGAUGAAAAGCUGAAUAUCUGUCGUAUUUAUUAUAUUGCAGGAUUUUUCUUGUUGCCAUUUUUUUGGUUGGUAAAUUUUGUAUGGCAUUAUAAUGAUGCUUACCUAGCUGAACCAUUCGAAGAACAGCCUCAAUUUCAGCGUUAUGUUUUGAGAUCUGGUAUUGGCUUUAUUUUCUGGUCUGUGUUACUUAUUGGUUGGGUGUUUUACUUUCAAACACAAAGGAAUUAUUAUAAUUGGGACUAUCUAACCUUUAAUUUUCCUACCGGUUCUUCUUAAAUUGAUUGUGGAGUUAAACUAUUAUCUAAUCCUAAAGUAUUUAAUUUUUAUACCUAAUCUUUAAUAACUAUUAAUGUAAAAAAUAAAAAAAUAAUGUUAAUAUGAUUUUUAUAACAAAAAAUAUUAUUAUUUUUAAUUCAAUACCUGUUAAAAUUGUAGAUCAAAAUAAAUAUUGAUAUUGUGCAUUGUAUGUAAUUAUAACUGAUAAUUUGUCUUAAUUAAAAAUAAACUAUAAUUCAAUACAU